ACUCCGCCGCGGCUCGUCGCUGCCACUGCAGCCGCUGCAGCUCCGCACACCGGCGGCUCUUCUCCAGCACUCGGAGGCGGAAUGGCGUGAGACCAGACACCGCGGACUCGUCUCUUACGGCCGAUGCGCGAUGGUGUUCUGACUGUCUGCCUGUCUGUGUGUGCGUCCGUGCGUCUUGCAGCGAGAUUGCUGCAGUGCUGUUUUUCCAGGUGUUGUGGCUGGCGUGUGUGUGAGAGUGAGUGUGUGCAUGGUGGUUCUCGAAUUGGACUAAGCCGGGAGUCUGAUGUCACAUGUGCUUCAUCGGAGGAGACGGGGCAUCUGCAAGCGGGAUUUUGUGGAGGAUGCUGCGGCAAGUGAUACACAGAGGGCUCAAGGCUUCGUUCUACUGGCUGGGCUUAUUCGUUAGCAGGCACCCCGUUUUCUUCCUCACCGUCCCCGCCGUGCUCACCAUCAUCUUCGGAUCUACCGUACUGAGCAGAUUCAAGCCGGAGACGGACCUGGAGGUGCUGGUCGCCCCGACGCACAGCCUGGCCAAGAUCGAGCGGAGUCUCGCCAACAGCCUGUUUCCCAUCGACCAGUCGAAGCACAAGCUGUACUCGGAUUUGCACACUCCGGGCAGAUAUGGCAGGCUGAUCCUGCUGGCCAAGUCCGGGGGGAACAUCCUGGAGCUGGCCGACCAGGUCCUGCAGGUCCACAAGCAGGUGUUGGAUUUGCACGAUGGCCGUGUGUCCUUCAUCGGCCACCAGUUGGGUGGUGUGUCCUUCUCGCAAAACAGCCGCGACCAGCAGGUCAAGUUUGCACGCGCCGUCCAGAUCACCUACUACCUCCGCAACCAUGGACCCGUGGUGCAGGAUGUCAUCGCGGAACGCUGGGAGAACGAGUUUUGCGCCCUUGUCAACCGGCUCUCCACGGCCGAGGCGCCCCACGCGUCCGACCAGCUCCACAUCCAGUCCCUCACCUCCUUCAGCCUGUGGCGGGACUUCCACCAAACGGGUGUUCUGGCAAAGGGGGAGGUGCUGGUCAGCCUGGUGCUGGUGCUCCUGGCCGCCACCAUCUCCAGCUCCAUGCGGGACUGCCUGAGGGGGAAGCCGUUCCUGGGGCUGCUGGGAGUUCUGACCAUCUGCAUCGCCAACGUGACGGCCGCAGGGAUCUUCUUUAUAUCGGACGGGAAGUUCAACUCCACACUGCUGGGGAUCCCGUUCUUUGCCAUGGGCCAUGGAACCAAAGGAGUGUUCGAGCUGCUGGCAGGCUGGAGGAGAACGAGGGAGAACCUUCCCUUCAAGGAGCGUGUGGCAGACGCUUUUGCCGAUGUGAUGGUGUGCUACACCAUGACCAGCUCACUCUACAUCAUCACAUUCGGCAUGGGAGCUAGCCCUUUUACCAACAUCGAGUCGGUGAAAAUCUUCUGCCAGAGCAUGUGCGUUGCCAUCCUGGUGAACUACUUCUAUGUUUUCUCCUUCUACGGCUCCUGCCUGGUGUUUGCCGGACAGCUGGAGCAGAACCGCUACCACAGUGUUUUCUGUUGUAAAAUCCCCUCAGUGGAGUACCUGGACCGCCAGCCCACGUGGUUUAAAACCAUGAUGAGUGACGGCCAUGACUUGUCCACGCACCACGACAGCGUCCCCUACCAGAAUCACUUCAUCCAGCACUUCCUGCGUGAGCACUACACAGAAUGGAUUACCAACACUUAUGUCAAACCUUUUGUGGUCAUUCUAUAUCUCAUCUACGCAUCUUUCUCAUUCAUGGGAUGUUUACAAAUCAGUGAUGGAUCAAAUAUUGUGAACCUGCUGGCGAGUAACUCUCCGAGUGUUUCGUAUGCCCUGACCCAGCAGAAAUACUUCAGUAACUACAGUCCCGUGAUUGGGUUUUACAUUUACGAACCCAUCGAGUACUGGAACUCCACGGUGCAGGAGCACCUGAAGACUUUGAGUCAUGGCUUCAACAAGAUCUCUUGGAUGGACAACUUUUUCCACUACCUGCGGGUGGUGAAUGCGAGUGCUUCAACCAAGGGUGACUUCAUCACAAUCCUCAAGGGCUCCUUUCUGUGCAGCCCUGAGUACCAGCACUUCUCUGAGGACAUCAUAUUCUCCAAGAACCGUGAGACCGAUGAGUACGACAUCAUCGCCUCUCGGAUGUAUUUGGUUGCCCGGACGACGGAGAAGAAGCGAGAGGAGGUGGUGGAGCUUCUGGAGAAGCUUCGUCCGUUGAUGCUGAUCAACAGCAUCAAGUUCAUUGCCUUCAAUCCUACGUUUGUGUUCAUGGACCGCUACAGCUCCUCUGUCAUCUCGCCUAUCCUGACCUCAGGCUUCAGCGUACUCACAAUCCUCAUCCUCACUUUCUUCCUGGUCAUCAACCCCUUGGGUAACUUCUGGCUCAUCCUCACAGUAACGUCCGUCGAGCUGGGCGUCUUGGGUUUGAUGACCCUCUGGAACGUUGGCAUGGACAGCAUCUCAAUCCUGUGCCUUAUUUUUACCCUCAACUUUGCCAUGGAUCACUGUGCACCACACUUGUACACUUUUGUGCUGGCCAAUGAGCACACUAGGACGCAAUGCAUCAAGUUGGCACUGGAGGAGCACGGGGCGGCGAUCCUGCAGAACACAUCCUGCUUCGUGAUCGGGAUCAUGCCCCUGGUGUUUGUGCCUUCCAAUCUGACCUACACACUGUUCAAGUGCUCCCUUCUCAUCGCGGGCUGCGUUGUGCUGCACUGCUUCGUCAUCCUGCCCGUCUUCCUGACCUUCUUCCCGCCGUCCAAAACGAGACACAAGAAAAAGAAAAGGGCCAAGCGUAAAGAGCGGGAGAGGGAGCAGGAGAGGGAGAGGGAAAGAGAAAGGGAGGAGAUAGAAUGCAUUGAAGUCAGGGAAAAUCCUGAUCAUGUGACAAAUGUCUGA